UGAAGUAAAGUAACCAUUAUCUUUAUUACAUACAUACAUAAAUAGUUACACUCCAUUUCUCACUUUUCCUUCUUCACUUUCUAUAUUAAGCAAAAUCUCUCAUCCUUUUGCUUCUUAAUCAAAGCCAAACACGCCUUCUAAUGGAACCACAAAGCUUUCUCUCUUUGCCAUUUUUUUGAAGUUGAAAGAAAAGAGUAAAAAAGAGAGAAAAUAACGAUCAAAGUGAAAAAUAAUGGGGAGAGGAAAAUUAGAGAUUAAGAGGAUCGAAAAUACUACAAAUCGACAAGUUACUUUCUCUAAGAGAAGAAAUGGGAUCAUGAAAAAAGCUCAAGAAUUAACUGUUUUAUGUGAUGCCAAAAUUUCUUUAAUUAUCGUCUCCAGUUCUUCUACCAAGAGAGUUUAUCACUACAUCAGUCCUGGAGCUUCGCUUAAGAAGAUGUACGAUGAGUACCAGAAGGUAGAGGGUGUUGAUCUGUGGCGUAAGCACUACGAGCAAAUGCAAGAGCAAGAGAGAAAGCUACUAGAGAUCAACACUGAACUUCGAAGAGAGAUUAGCCGAAGGAUGGGAGGCGAUCUAGAGGAGCUUAGUAUAGGAGAAUUGGGUGCUCUUCAACAACAAAUGAGUAACGCCCGACUUGUCAUUCGUGAUCGAAAGUAUCAUGUGAUCAAGAAUCAAACUGGGACAACCAGGAAGAAGGUAAGGAGCCUCGAGGAAAUUCGUGAUAACCUCCUAUUGAAUCUCGAAACCAGAUUUAAGGCCCCCGAAUUUGGUCUAGAGGAUGAUAAUAAUCAGGGUGUUUAUGAGGAUGCAGCUAAUUAUGCAAACAAUGGUGCAGCAGCCAACUUAUUUGGCGUGAGCCGACACUCUCGCCAUCAUAAUUUUCAGCAGGCACAGGCAGGAUGCUAUAGCAUUAAUUUCCAAGAUCUGCGCCUUGCUUGAAUUGCUUCAUUGCUAGGCCUUAUUCCUCACUAUGCUAGCUACAUUAACUUCCAUCAGCACCAAACAUGUUCUAUAUAUGAAUCUUAGGAUAUAUCAAUAUAAUACUAUUAUGAAGAAUUAUAUAAAAAAAAAUACUAUAAUGAAGGUUGCCUAAACAAACUUAUGUACUUCUGAGAAUUGAUAUAUACUACAAUCAUGUAAUAUUGUUAUAUGCUAUACAGUGCUAAGCAUUGCCUACCUUGUUGAAUCAAACAUGUUUAGUUUGAAUUUGUCUACUUAUAUAUUGUGCCUUUGGACAA